AUGACCAGCAGAGUGGACUUAGGCUGUUCCCAAGGAAUUCUUGAGCUCAUGAAUGUGCCUGGUUUAACUAGAGAAAAUGUUGCAAGCCAUUUACAGUUCAGGCUAUACUUGAAGAGAAUAGUGGUGGGCUCACAAGGUGGAAUUUCUAAUCCAUUUGUGCCGCUAGACCCGAAUGUUAAAAUUGGUCACUUGGAGAUUUGACUCCAAGCAUUGUGCCUCUGGACAAUUCCUCCACAAAUACCAGCCCUCCAUGCUGAGCUCUUAGGUCGACCAACAGGUAAUUUAGUUACAGCAGUGGACCAGCCAGCUCUUCUUCAAGCAUCCCUUCAAGGCCAGUGCAUUCCAGUUGAGCAUGGUGUGGCAUUUGGUCAAUCUCUAGUAAAAUGCCAAUCCAGCAUUUCCAAACACUUCCCAAAUCUAUUGUAUCCGUUAAGAUGUUUCUUCUGCUGAUUUGGAGCAUGGCCCUCAAAUAACAUUGGUACACAGCUCCCAGUAGCAGCCUUGGAGGGUUAGUUCUCAGAACGUAACAUGCUUAUUGACUUGUUGCAGCAGCAGCAGACGACAAUCCAGAAACAGCAGCAGCAGCAAUCUACUGUUCCUGAGCCCAGUCGUUCGAUCAAUGUCAGCCAUCUUGCCUUGUUGUACCCCUCAGUCAUCUGCUAGUUUGCCGCAGGAAAUAGCCUGUUUCUGUAACAGAAUGGCAGCUUUAGUAGGACUCCUGUUAUUGAUUACAGUCUUCUUUCAUCUCAAUCAAAUAAUUCUUCAUUGAAUAUUGGGCAAGUCUCUGACGGGGAUCUCCAAACUACAGGCGUUCUUAGUGGGUACAUACCCCCUGCUUCCCUUUCUCCAUCUGUGUCAUCUUGCUCUCUGAAUGCUGACAAUUGUACUAGUCGUCAAGUUCAAACCUCAAGCAUGACAUUUAAAGCAUCCAGGCAUUUGCCAGUUGUCCAUAGCCAGUGUGAUGCAGGUCACUAUGGUUUUACUAAGUCUGGAGAAGUACUUGAUGAAGCUCAUUUUAGCAAUCUGGGUCGCCAAUAA